UUGCUAAAGGCAACUCCACUAUGCUUUCCUCAACAUCAUCUCCUCUCCUUUUAUGAUCCUUUUUCUUUAAAACUCCCUCUUUUACAGAGAUCCGUUCUUUUAAUAAUCUUGGAGGACAGCCAUGGAUGACUCAGCUGUUAGCUUUUAAGUUUCAGAUUCACCAUUUUCAGUCCCUCUAUAUAUCUGUGGAGAAUUGGAGGAAUGUUGAUCAUCCACACCAAUCUUUCCUCUGUUUUUACCUCAGAUACUAACAAGUAGAAGCAGAGGAAAAUGGAAGCUUUGAUGAAGCAAGACGUCGUUGGGAUCCCGUUUGGUAUGGCAGCUUUUCGGCCAGCUGAGAAGUCGUUGAAGAGAUUGUUCCCUGCUCCGGUCGGUAACCAGUCCCCCGACGGUGAACCUCGGGCGAAACAAUGUAGAGAGGAUGCAGUUGUUAGCAGGGGGAAGAAGGUUGGGAGUUUUGUCGAUGGAGUUAGACAACAUGCUGCAGUGAGAUUAGGACAAAAGAUCAGAGAAACAGUGAAGGGAAAGUUGAGUUUGGGAGCAAAGAUUCUUCAAGUUGGUGGAUUGAGGAAAGGAAAGCAGCUAUUUAGUUUAAAAGAAGGAGAGAAGCUAUUGAAGGUUUGUCAAUGCCAUUUGUCAACCACAGCAGGACCUCUUUCAGGUCUUCUCUUCAUAUCAACGCACAAACUUGCCUUUUGCAGUAACAAAUCCCUCAAACUCUCUUCCCCAACUGGAGAGCUCCUAAAAUUUCAUUACAAGGUGAUGAUUCCAGUGGGGAGAAUAGAGAGAGUGAAUCAAAGUAAGAAUGUGAUGAAACCUUCACAGAAGUACUUAGAGAUUGUAACAGUGGAUAAUUUUGAUUUCUGGUUCAUGGGAUUUCAGAAUUUCCAAAAAACAUUCAGAUUUCUUCAACAGGAGUGGAAGAUUAACUGCUAGUUAUAAGUUUGGGACUUGGGGGAAAUGUGUUUAGUAGAAGUGUUUUCUUUUCUUUUCUUUUUCUUGUGCUUCAUAUUUAAUUUAAUUAUUGGAGCUAAGGAAGACUAGAUAGAUAGAUAAGAUCCAAUUUGUACAAAUUCAACUAGUGUCAAUAUAAGUUGAUAUGUUAUGUAUAGGUUCGGUGUUUGCUUCCAAA